AGAACUACUCACCCAGAAAAACGUAUAAGAGGCCUCUGCAAAUGAUCCUUCAUUCUUCACUCGAACACUCCAGCACUUGUCUGUUCAAGCUCUACAUCUCUCAACAUGUUGUUCAACAAGCUCUUGACCCUCUCAGCGGUCACCUGCCUUGCGGCUGCCACAGCUAUUCGACGAACAGAUGGCGGAGACUCUUGCCCCCCUAGCUUGCAAUGUUGCCAGCAGGCGGUGGAGGCGAGCGACCCCGUUGCUACGACAAUUCUUGGUCUCCUCAAUAUCGUCCUGGAUGACUUGAAUGUCCUUGUUGGGCUCAACUGCAGCCCUAUCACGGUGAUUGGGAGCGGAAAUGGCGCAUGCUCUACUGGUGGCACAACCGUCAUUUGCAAUGACAAUAGCCACGGCAGUCUCAUUAGCAUUGGAUGCAUCCCCAUUAUCCUUUGA